AUGAUUACACGCCGGCACCAGGACUCUGCAGAACCUUUUACCACACCGGGUUCAAGUUAUAUGACCCCGCUACCCCUCACUUCUAAAUUUCGGGUUCUCCUAAUUACGGUUCUUUACCUCUGUGUGGCGGUCACAUCAGUCAACUGCUCCACGAACGACGCCAAAACCAACGUCAACGACAACGACGUCAACGCUAACGCUAACGGACGCGAGGCGGCCCCAUACGAGCUUCAAGGACAGUUUCGAGAGCCACUAGGUUUUAAGGAAGGUUCAGAAGAGGAAGGAGAGCCGUUUGAUACCAUGCCUUUUGGAUUCCCUAAAGGAAGCGAUGGACCAGGUGCCUCGAUCGAUCCGAGUGAUUGGGCAUCUUCGUUGGCGUACCGAUACCCGCAAGUGCCUCUGGAGGUGGAGGAAUACCCUGUAGCGCCAGCUCCAUUGACCUUGGAGCAGGUACAUGUCUAUGUGCGCCAUGGCGAACGGACACCGGUCGGUGUUCGACUUGCAGGCCCACCUGCGAACGUCCCGGAACACUGGAAUAUGUGCCAUACCGCGCAAAGAUUCGGUAGUGCUGUUUGCGACAUGCUCAGUAUGGGCUCGAAGGAUUCUGGGCUUGGUGGAGAGGCGCUGUCGAGUGCUGGGGAGUACAAGCUGCUGAGGCUUAGACAGAUUGAGAGCUUGCUACAGCCGAGGAAGAUUGUGGAGAGGAAGGAUGGGAAGGCGUUUGAAGGAGAAUGUCUGUUGGGAGAAUUGACGGAUUUGGGACGGCAUACGACAUACAAUUUCGGCGCCAACCUCCGACGACUCUACAUCGACAGACUAGGCUUCAUCCCUUCAACACUCGCCAACCCUUCAACGGUGUAUUUCCGCACGACCAAUGUGCCCCGCACGACGGAGAGUUUGCAGGAGAUCAUUAGAGGGCUAUAUCCCAAUGACAAGUGUUUGCCGAAUGCUGUUCCUGUGAUUCGCGUUCGGAACGGGCGGGACGAGAACUUGAUUGGUAACACGUAUUCGUGCAAGAGAUUGGAGGCACUGCAGAUUGGGUUCGCGAAGGCCGCAGCGGACGCGUUCAACCCGACGUUGGAGCGAUUGGACUCUAAGCUCUCAAAGUACAUCAACGGUAAUCCUAUUCGAAUCGAUGGCCGGCCCAGGGCAUCUGGUAUUUUGGAUACCGUGAGGGCUGCUAUUGCUCAUGGGAUCAAGGUCCCGCCCGAGUUUGAGGAUAAGAGUAUUGUGGAUGAUAUCGAAAGAGCCGUUGUUAGCGAAUGGUUCUCUGGAUGUAAGCUCCCACCGUAUCUCAUUUUACUCCCCUUUCCCAACCUAACAACCCCCUCAGACAAAACCGAAGAAGUCCGCCGACUAGGAAUGGGCAGGCUUUUCGACGACAUGCUCACCAAAAUGCAAAACCGGAUUUCGAACAAAGAUACCACUCCCAAUACUAACCCAGAGGGCUUGAAGUUCCUUGUACACAGUACUCACGAUACGGCUAUUGCAGCCAUCUGCUCGACGCUUGAUGUGUUCGACGACAAGUGGCCUGCGUUCACUGCUUCAGUGACGUUUGAAUUGUUCAAAGACCCAGGCACAGCUUCGAGCGCUUCCUCUGGAGAAGUGGCGGAAGGCAACAACGGCGCACAGACGCCAUUGCUUUCUCGCAUGAAGGGUUCCGCCAAGCCCAAGUAUUACGUCCGAAUGCGCCACCAGAACAAGGAUAUGUCGUUGCCUAUUUGCGCGAAGGAGGGCAAGCAUCUGCCGGGACGGCCAGAGUUUUGUACUUUGGAGGCGUUCAAGGAACGGGUGGAACAGUUUGUACCGAAGGAUUGGGAGGCGGAGUGUAGUGUGAGUGCGGGUAAUGCUACGCGGUGA